GACUGCCUGCCUGCCCGCCUGCCUGCCUGUUCGACGGCCAAUCCUGGUCACUGUCGGCCGUGGUCAUUCAAAGGAACCGUGCAUGAUGGAGGCUGGGUCUGGGGAUUUUGUGCCACCCUUUGAAGCUCCAAAAGAUGGCGAAGAGCUGAGCUCUUGGACGUUUUGGCAGUUUUUUCUCGAGAAUGUCAGUCUGAGGGCCAGCGAGCUGCUGUGCCAUGCCUCUCUCUCUCCUGCCCGAGCCUCUAGUUGCACCUCAUUCGCGCAAUGCCCUGUUUGUGAACCACUUUUGGCCGGCCUGAUUGCCUUCCACCUCCUUUGCUUUAUGAUCAUUCUAACCACGAAACGGUUUCAGACCUUCCAGCUACUCUUUGGCACCGCACUCGGGUGUCUUGUUCUAUGCGCGGAGCAGAUCAACGAAUACGGUGCUCUCCACUGGGAAGAGCUAGCACAGCACCAGUAUUUUGAUUCUUAUGGAUUCUUCAUCUCGAUUGUCUUCUCCUUGCCCAUCCUUCUCAACUGUCUGCUCUUGGUGAUUAUUUGGGUUACCGAUGCUUCUGGCAUGCUGGUCAGUCUCAAGCGUCAGCAGCUGUUGGCCCGGCGUGCUGCUACAGCCAAAGCACAGGCACAGCUUGAGCCCGAAGCUGAGGCUGAGGCCAUUACUCCCUCUCCUGAAGCUGCUGAUGUGGACUCGCCAAGCUCAACCCAAAAUAAGAAAAUUCAGUAA